AUGGAAAAGGAAAUUGCAUCCUCAACCAAGGUAGCGCCGGCCAAACCCACACAAUCCAUAGCAGACAAACGUCACGCGCGCUCGCUCUUGGAACGCUCGGAGCCCGUCGGUCGGCCUCUGGUCCCGCUCGUUCCGACAGGCCGAGACCCUUCCAGCUUCGCCCUUUCAGGACAGGCUAAGGCACGUGCAGCACGUGCAUACGCCGGAACCAGGCCGUUGCUUCGAAGUGGUUCCAACGGGCAGCGCAUCAUGCGGUUUGUCUGCGCUCUCCUGCUAGCCUUGGCGGUCGCCACAGGCAGCGCAAGAUGUGCCCUCCUGGAAGACAAGCGGGUGGACGCACUUGGAGUCGAAGAAAAGACCAAGCCAGGAAGUGACGCAAGUGAUCACCCAGAAAAGCCAGGUCCCAGUGACUGCGACAAAAACAAGUUUCGGGAAGGCAUCAAUAACUGUGAAAACGGGUUGAAGCCCCUAGAAAAAUAUCUCUCAGAGAAGAAGAACGACGACUCUUGCAAGCUUCUCAAGAUCUACCUAUCCUGCAUCGAAGACUUCCAACUCUUCCUGUCUUGUGAAAAUGACCCUGCCUCAAAGAAGGAACUGGCCAAAGCAACCAGCAUUAUCGUCAAAAACCGACUGAACUGUACAGAAUUGACGUUCUUGACGGCGAAUAUGACGACCAAGAUUCCCCCACAAAAUGCAGCUGGUUCUGCUGGUUCUACUGCUCCUGUCAACCAUACCACGACGGCUGCAACCAAAACCCCUUUGGUGACCAAAAAGUGCAGCGAGCGGAAAUUGAUGCGCCGCAUGGUUGAUUGUCUGAAGACUAUGAAAGGUAACUUGGAGCCCUUGCUGGACAGCAAGAAAACCAACCAGAAGCUGAUUUGCGCGCAAACCGAGAACUUCAAGUCAUGCGUUAACCUCGCCCUCGCCCACACGGACUGCAACUCGGACGAAGAAGUACUGGACCAGACGACGCACUUCAUCGUGCACGUUCUCUACGAACACCGCUGGGCUUGCAAAAGCAUUCAGACCAGCGACAAGAAGUGUGAAGAGCGUUCGUUGGUGCUCAAGCUGAACCAAUGCGUCCGCCUCCUCAACAAAACUGUCGAGCCUAUUCUAGAAGAUAAGGAUAACAAGCUGAACAUCUGCAGGGCGAGCGACACAUUCCUGCUUUGCGUUAACGAGGCAGUCUCCGAAACAGCUUGCCGCGAGGACUCGGAAGUCAUGUUUCACGUGUCCCACUUCGCGGAGAAAAUUCUGCGCCACCACAAGUGGUCCUGCGACCAAAGCGGAGCUCCCUCCAACCGGCCCAGGCUUGAAAAUCUUCGCCAAAAGAUGGAUUUCCAGGGAUCUGGUAACCUUACAGCAGUGCGGCCGCUGAAUGGAAUGGGGCCAACAGGGCUGGUACCGGCAGACAACAUGUGCAACUUCGAAACUGUCCGGGCGGCCGUGGACACGUGCCAGCAAUCUGCGUACGACCAGAUCAAAAAGAAGGGCAUCUCACAGCCGAAACACCUCUGCAUGGAACUACGCAUCUUCAAGGAUUGUUCCAUAGAAGCGACGAAGAAGAACGGGUGCGCCAGUGACAAGAAUGCCGAGACGUACGUGUACGACCGCGUCAAGGAUUCCUUCUACAAGUACCUCACCGACUGCCGCCCACUCUGGUCCGCUGCUGUGCCUGUUUCGACGAGCACCUUGGCCCUCUCCCUUGUCGUUCUCAUGGUGCUCGUGCAGCAGCGCGAGUAA